AUGGACCAAGUGGCUAUGCAGACGGACCUGCUGUCUACGCUUCCUUCCCGAGCCCUGGUCGAAGAGCCCGGUUCGGUGAGCCAAUCUAUAUUGACACUGAUGCACCCAGCGGCUACUUCACAGGAAGUUAUCAUCAGCGACAUGAUGCAAGACAGCAGACAAAAUGGCAAGGAAAGGUGCGGUUCUAGUCAGUGGAAUGCUAACGGGAACCAAAGUAGCGGAUGGGGUAACGGCGACGAAGCAAAUGCAACUACUGGUGGUGGUAACGAAAGGAAUAUUGGGAAUGCCACUACUGAUGACGUUAAGGGGACUGGAUGCGACAAUAACACUGGUGGCAGUAGUGCUAAUGAUUCCUGGGGAGACGGUUUCGGGAAAGGGACGGGAAACUACAAUUGGGGUUGGGCCAUUAAUGAUAACGAAGAUGACGGUGGAAACAGUACCAGCAAAGGUGUAGACAACCAAGACACCUUGCAGUCCAAUACUGGCAGUAUCGACAACGAUAACAACCAUUGGACCAACUGGGGCACUGGAAAUACCAGCACGGGAGAUUCAUGGACUGGCGGCGGUGACAGCACCGGAAAUGGUUGGGGCAAUGACGAGGCCAAAACGUCCCAUAGGGGUGGAAACAGGAAAAGAGGCGCGCAGCGAUCUAAUAAGAUCCAUACCAGCAACAAGCAUGGCAAGAAAAAGGUUUCUUGGGGGGAAGGCAGCGAAACCAUUGUCAACACAGACCACAAUGGUGACUAUACCAACGCUACUGACAACACAAACGCCUACUGUUGGGGUGACAGUGGGGGCAGUGAUUGGUGUGAAGAAUCCCAUGGCGGCCACAAAACCAAUGAGACAAAUAACAAUGUCAGUUGGGGCGGCGAUGUGAACGACAACUCGAGUAAUAGCUGGGGCAAUACCGGUGCCACGAAUGACACCUGGGACCAGUUUUCUAAUAACAAUGUCAGUGGUGGUUACAAGGACCCCUGGAUAGGCCUCGACAGCGACACGAAUGAUGCUGGCGGCAACGACAACCAGAGAAACGACAAUGAUCAUGCCGCACACCCGACCGCGGCUGGCACUACAGCCGGAACAAACCCAGAAACACCUUCGGCUGAUCCCGGCACCAAUACAAAAGUCGCACCGCCACCGGCGCGGAAAUCUGCAAAACCAGCCACUCACGGGCCCAAUGGGGCGAGCACUGGCAGCACUUCAGGUGGCCGUAAGGUUAUGAAGCAAGCGAAGGCUGCUGCCAAGGCUGCGCACCAGGCAAAAGCAGGACUCAACGGCGCCGCUUCCCAUCAGGGAAGCCAGACGCAGCUCAAGCUAUGGCGUGAAACGCUCAAUGUGCUCAAGAAGCUAGAAUCGGCCCAGGACCGGCUGGCGGAGCAGGCAGCUAUCGCAACAGGUGUGGCGACAAAAGAGCUCCUGGCAAAUACGGCAUCAUCGGCAAAGGGCGACGCUAGCUCCGCUUUGGCGACUACCGGCAAGGUUUCCAAGACGAAAAAGACGACCUCGGCACACACUCCGGAAGAAAGGGAGGCAGCAUUCAAAGCUGCAAAAGACACACAAGACCAAAUCAGAAUGCUGACGAGCGCGCUGCAUCUGCUUAAGACGGUGCUUAGUACCCAAGGGCCACAGCAGCAGGAAGAGAAAGAGCAAGAACAGUCUCAGCAACCCACGGCUGCAACCAAAGGUGACCAAUCUGAGGGAAAGCUCGGCAAACACGCGAGGAAGAAGGCUCAGAAAAUGAAAUUUGGGCAGGACAAUUCGCCGUUAGGAGCACAGCAUCUAACGGCUGCCGGAACGGCUGUCAUUGAACCCGAAAUUUCUCCCGGGGCAGCCUCCACCACCUCAUCCACCGCAUCGCAACAUAUUUUAUCCAAAAAGGCGUCUUCUCCAAAAAAGAAGGCCGUCGCUGCAUCUUCAAGAUCGUUCCUCGAACCUCCGCCUGUACACAGGCUACCUUACCGCGUCAGCAGUGUUGACUCACGGGACCUUGCACUGACUCCCGUCGAAGAAAACAAACGGCCGGUACCAAAACUGCACUACGGCCUCGACCGAGCUCUUUUCAACCCAGGCGUGUACCAUCUGCAAGACCCGCGGUCGCGUGUCUUCAAUUUCGACCCGUACCUAGCGAGCAUCAUGCCCUUGCAAGAGUUUGACUUCAACGCGCUAAAACAGUAUGUCACGUCUUCCAAAGACCCAACCUUGAUCUCAAUGGCAGCGAAGUACAAUAUGAAGUACUCGGGAUCGACGUCAAGCAUGACAAGCAUGCUAUCGCACUUCCAUUUCCUUCUGAGCGGCUGGCGGCCAAUCAACACCGCACACACCACACGCUCAUUUACGCCUGAAUCUAUGAGCUUCACGCGUAUCACACGCGGGCCUGCUGCGACGUUUUUGCACUGGAAGGACGGCACAUACGCCAUCGACGCGGAUAAGGAAUUCGACACGGCCAACAUCUUGAGCAUGUUGGGCAAAUCGAUGGAAAAGCUGCUGACGUUAUCCAAGGAGGACUUUGAAAAGUAUCGGGUUACCCGGUCGCACGAGCUGACAGAGGAAGAGCGGAACGACCCGGAAUCUUUCCAUUACUCGACGUUUGGUGACUUUAUGAUGCGGUCACAGCUUGACGCUUACGACCCGCGACUACCCGGGACCGGCAUGUUCGACCUCAAAACGCGUGCCGUAGUGUCCAUCCGCAUGGAUGCACAAGACUUCCAACGCGGGCUAGGCUAUGAGAUCCGGCAACGGUUUGGUCAAUGGGAGUCGUUCGAGCGCGAGUAUUUCGAUAUGAUCCGGUCGGCUUUCCUGAAGUACUCGCUGCAAGUGCGGAUGGGUCGUAUGGACGGCAUUUACGUUGCUUUCCACAACACACAGCGCAUCUUCGGGUUCCAGUAUAUCAGCAUCAAUGAAAUGGAUGUAGCUCUGCACGGCACCGACGACACGACACUAGGAGACCGCGAGUUCAAGUUAAGUUUGCACCUGCUGAAUGCGGUGUUGGACAAGGCCACAGAUCGAUUCCCGGGUCGGUCGUUGCGGUUGCAUAUUGAGACACGCCCGUCGGAGGCCGCGCCAUUCAUGUACAUAUUUGCGACGCCUGUCACAUCCAAAGAGAUUGGGGAGGUACAGGAUGCCGGCAAGGAGUCGGUCGAAGAGUUCGAGCGCAGAAUCUUGGGUAUUACAGCGCAGGAGAGCGGCGAAAAUGACGAAGGUGGCAGCCUUACAGAGUCGGCCACCGACGAUGGCGAGAUGGAGACCGAGACCGCGGCCAAAGAACACGAGGUAGACGAGGAGCCCGACCACGAUGAAGACGACUACAGUGUUGACGUGUGGGAAACGAUGCGCCAGAAGGUUGAGGAGACGAUGGAGAAUGAGGCACAAGGCAUCGAGUCUGUGCGCGACACCCUCGAAGAUGCUCUCGAGCAGAGCGGCCUGCUGCGGGGCCGGCCGCCUGAGGAGACGCGCACAUAUGUGGAUGCGCUGCUCGAGGCGAUCACGCGGACAGAUACAGAGGCGGUGGCAGAGACGAUUCUCAAGGGCCAAGAGCCCGAGACUGGUCUCAAAUCAACUCUGGAGGUGGAAACACCAGAAGAGGAGCAAAUUGAUGCCGAAACCGAGGCCGAGGUCGAAGGCGCACCCGACCAUGAGACAGUUCCGAAGACGAACAGUUCAAGUGCGGAAGCGGAGAUAACCGAGCCCGAAACCGAAAUAGGCAGUGAGUCUGAUUUUACGGAGGGUGGUAACACUACUUCCGCGACCACCGACAAGGCUUCGACAUUAUCAUACGACCGGGGCAAGUCUGUUAUCGACGAGGACGGUGGCCGCAAAAGCGAGAGCAACGAGACUUCUGGCAGCAGCGUAGGAGAAGGCCCUCCUGCCUCGCCAGUCUCGGGCACACUGUCUCUCAAGGACCUUAUUAUCAAGCUUGCCGCAAAGGUUGAGACAUCACAGGCCCGUGACGCUGUAGGCAGCAUCGACUACAACAGUAAUCGUAUGAAUGGCGAAACCCAGCAGGUUACCAAGGACGGCGACGACGACAGCAUUGCAACGACAGAGUCGCCCCUAUCCUUCCGGUACAGCAACAGCGUUGCCGAGCUCGUCGACGCGCCCAAGAACAAGCGAUUCGAGCGCAUUCUAUCGGAGAUGUUGGCGAGCUCCAAGGAGAGCAAGGAGGGCAGAGAGUGCAAGGAGGGCAAAGAUGGUAAGGAAGGCAAUGAAGGCAAUGAAGGCAAGGAGGGCAAGGAGGACAGGGAAGGGAAAAAUGAAAACGAAGGCAAGGAGAGAAACGGAGGCAAGGUUUCUUCGAAGGGAAACGCGCCUGCACCGGAGCCACCGGAGAUCAUUGGCAUGAUUAUGACGAUCCGCAACAAGGUCAACGGGCGUUACGUGGUGCGGCCGGAGAAGCUCACUAACGCCGAUUCGUGGAAGGUGGAAUACGCCAUUGAGGAGAUUCAGACGAAGCGCGCCCGUACUCUGUAUAACAUGCUUAAGGCACGCCGCAAGGCGUUGCUGAGCAAGGACAGGAACGGAAAGGACAGCAAGGAUGGUGAGGACAAGACGGAUGGCGAGGACCCGAAGGCAGACCGCAUCGGCGACAUGAAGAAGACAAGUACUAAGUCGGCAUUCAACCGUGACUUCAUGAGCAAGCUAUAUGCUUUGAGUGCCAAGGGCCGCCGGUUCCGGAGCAACGAAAAUCGCAUCAUGCGCAAGCGGCCGGUACAUAUCUAUGGUGUUGAUGGUAGCAGGAAGUGGGGUGAGGUGUUUGCCAAUGAGAUGGACGACGUUGGCACACUGCAACGAGAUCCGGUGGAGGGAGGCAAAAAACAGGAAACCGCAUAA